CUUUGCCCUUGGUAGUUUUUUGGCUCUUGUUCAUGAAGCCUCCCAGAAAAAUCCAGAGACCGUUAAGUCAAGUCAACGGGGAGUACCCGAAAGACCGUUAAUUUCCCGCCUUUCCACGUGCCAUCAUCUUGUGGAAAGAAAGGGAGAAAAAAAGCCAAAGAACAGAAGUCUUCUCCCGCACAUUUCAACAUCAAGUCAACGCUCCGUAAUCCUUUUUUUAACUCCGCCGGAGCCCGCUCGAAAUUCGAAAUCAUCACCCGAAUCCACCCGACGCCGGUAGCUUUCGGCGAGCACAAAAAGAAAUGCAACGAGUUCCGGUUCCGAAGGACGCGGCGGCAGCCGCUGGCCUCACCUUGAAUUGGCCAGCAUCUAUCUCGGCGGAGGCUGCCGCCGUCCUGAACCAUGCCGUCGGAGAGGCGCGACGGCGGAACCACCGAGAAACCACCCCGCUACACGUGGCCGCCGCCGCGCUGGCUCAUCCUUCCUUUUCUGCCCUCCUCCUGAACCGAGGUCCCAUCAGUUCGCCAAGCGCCUUGCAUGAGCUCCUCUGGAGACGCCUGGAACUAUGCUUCGCCGUAGCUCUCGACCGACUUUACGGUAGGGUUCGGAUAUGUCCUCUACAGGAGCACUUCGUCCCCGUGAUUUCAAAAUCGUUGACGGCGGCUUUGAGUCGAGCUCAACCAAAGCCGUCGGAAGCUGCGGAGAUCAAGCUCGAGGAACUGAUUUGUUCAAUUUUGGGCGAUCAGAUGGUGGUUAGGGUUUUGUCCGAAGCUGGGUUUAGUUCUGCAGCUGCUAAGGUGAGGAUCAAGCUGUUAGGAGCUCCGAAAUCAACCCGCGAUGGUCUAACUAGUGCCGCCGUGGAUCCAAACAAUCAAAGAUUGCAACUCGAGACAGAGAAGGAAGUGAACCGUGCUGUGAACGUCUUGUUGAGAGGCACAAAGAGGAAUCCCAUUUUGGUUGGUGAAUCCGGACCAUACAGAGUUGCGAGGGAGCUUUUGAGGAGACUAGAAGAUGAAGAGAUUGAAUAUGAGAUGUUGAAGAAUGUUCAAGUGAUUGACUUGGAAAAGGAGUUCCCACUUGAAGUAGCAGCAACCUGUGCCAAGAUUAUGUUUUUGUGUCGUAUCAUCCAGUCGUCGGAAAGAAACUUGUCCCCUGGUGGCGUGAUAAUCCAUUUGGGCGAUUUGAAAUGGCUGGUCAAGGCACCACUGGAGUUUGCAGAGGAUUGCUCUGAACAGCUGGCUGUUGCAAUGCAAUGGGCAAUGCAAAAGGUCGGGACACUUCUGAAGAAGAUUCGAGAAGGAAUGGGCGGUGGGAGGAUUUGGUUAAUUGGCACGGCUAGUUGUGAGACAUAUAUGAGAUGUCAGGGUCGUCAUCCUGAUGUAGAAGACUGCUGGGAUCUGCAUCCAUUGCUGAAUGCUGCCGACUCUACUCUUUCAGGGAUGGCUUCAAUAUUGCGGCAGGACAAUGUGGCAAAACAAAGACAUCAUGAUGAUGUAGUUAAGCCGGUUGAUGAUAUCUCAAGAGCCGAGAAAAUUCCUUUCCCGGGCAGCCGAUCAGAAUCUGUGAUGGAAAAAGAUGAGCUCUGGGGAAGAUUAGAGGGUCGAGAACUCCGAGAUGGGAUGUUGCACCUGAAAGGUGGAGUCGACGCCAGAAUUGGAAAUGUGGAUUCUGGUGGAAAGGUUUCGAUGGUUGGUCCAACUACCCAGGAGACGAAUUCAAGAAGCAACAUUCUUGAUCAUACAAUGGCAAAUCACUGGAAUCUGCAGCCAGUGCCAAUAACUGUUGGAGCCCCUCUUUCAGUAAUGCUUCCAAGUAAUACUGGCAGGAGGAGGUUUGAAACGGGCAACCAUGAUCAAGUAACGUGUGUUCCGGAACAAAUGAGCUCAAUGACAAGCUUAAUGCCAUCCGCCAUCUUGAAUAUCGUUUCUCGUGAUGACCUGGGACAGUAUUAUAGCCCUCAGCUCCCGCCAAAGGCUUUGUCAUCUAAUCCAUAUCGCACCCAGUUGCUUGUUCAUCUUAUCUUACCCAACUUCACCAACACCAGUUCUGUCAAACAAUUUCAGAGUGGGGGUUUUUUCAAGUAUCUUGUUAACUUGAAGCUGAUGGAUCUCAGUGACUCCAGUUUGACUAGGCUCCCUGAAACUUCAGCGGCGCAGAAACUCGAGAUAUUGAAUCUCUCUGGCUGUGUGCACUUGCUAGACGUGUUGUCGAUUCACCAGCUUUCUAAGCUUCAGCAGGUGAAGUUAAGAGGUUGCAUCAGUGUCAGGAGACUGCCAAGUUUGUGCAACUUGAGGUUGCUCAAAAUUCUCGAUCUCUCAAACUGUUCGAGGCUCAACAAGCUGCCUCCUUCUAUGGGUCAUCUCUCUGGUCUCAUCUCCUUGGAUCUUACCAACUGUAGGCAGCUCGAGCGGCUUCCAGGAAGCAUUUUUAAGUUGAAGUUGCUGGAAACUUUUAGCAUUGCUGGGUGUUCAUGCCUCAUGAAACGGCUCACCAUCGGAGAGAAGCAGGCGAUUCCUAGUGGGAGUAGUACUCUCUUCAGCAAAACCUGUGGCACAGAAGCCAAGAUCAUUUCACACCAAACCAGUCAAAUCGAGAUGAAAUUCAUCCCUCCACAACCCGAAGCAAUGGAGUGGGAUGUAACACUAACCGGAAGCCACACAACUCCACAAAAGCAGCCUGAAUCUGUGACAAAGGUUCCGACAUUCAUUCACAGCAAAACAAAGAAACAGCUCGGAUUGACUAAGCCGAAGCAUAUCAGAACCUCUUUCAAGCCUCAGCAGGGGCGAGUACAAGUCUUCUCCAUCUCCACGUCGCCCCAGGACUUCAGGGAGGCAGUAGAAGCUCUUACAGCAGGUGGCUGUCCAUCUUUUUUGUCUACUCUAGCUGGGAAAAAGAAGGAUGCUUUAAGAGACUACUUAACCAUGUCAUUGGAACACAUUCACUUCCUGCCGGAUGGGUUCCUGAGCAUCGAGACCGUCGUCCAUUCCCUGUUGGGUAAACACAGAGCCAGUUUGUCUCUGAACGAGCAGAUUGCGCUGCAAGCUAUCAAGCAUUCCUUGGCCGAGUUGAGCCGAAGCUUUCCAGGUAUAGUGAUGAGCAUGAAGAAUGCAGAAGCUGAGAAGACGGUGCUCGUGGCGAAAUCGAUGGAGGUCGAAGCGAGGUUGGCUUUUGGAGAACAAGAGCUGGCUUCCGUUGAAGCUGAGUUCUCCAAGGUUUUGGAGGAAGAGGAGAUUUUGGAUGCAGAAAUCCAUUCCUUGAUUGCCAAGAAAUUAGAAAUGAUAGGUGCUCGUGUUGGCUUGAACAAUUAAACGUACAGGAUAGCAAGCAUUCAAUAAGUGAACAGAUUAAUAGACAAACUAUAGUAUAUAUGCAAAGUACUAUUAUUAUUACUUGAAACAAAUCUCAACCAUUCAACAUCCGAAUCCAGCCAAGGGAAAACAAUGACAAUUUCGGAAAAUACAAAUUCAAAAACAACAAGAACAAGAAGGCCUGACACCCAAAUAUAUAUAGAGAUUACAAAAGACCCUUCAUUUUUUUUGCGGGUGGCGUGGUGGUGGUACGUAGGAAUUGGAGGUCAGGUUUAGUUGUAGCCUUCGGGCUUGUAGGCGAUGAAGGAGAUGCACUGCACCUGACGCUUGUUGUCGAACCCGAUGAUGCGGACGAACGCCUGGGGGUACUCCUUGACGCACUCCUGGAGCUCCUUGAGCACCUGCGACGAGUCGGUGCACCCGAACAUGGGCAGCUUCCACAUCACCCAGUACCUUCCGUCGUAGUACCCUGGGGACCUGUUGUUCUCACGGUACACGAAACCGUGCUGCACAUCAAACACACAAGUUUUCAGUACCUCGUAGUACGACAUAAUACUACUCGUAUUCGAAAGACACUCAGGAAGAACGAACCUCCAACUCGAACUCCAAGCAAGGAACCCAUCCAGACCUGAGCAGGUAGUCGACCUCCUUGCCCAAUUGCUCCUCAGUCAAUGGAGGAAGGUAGGAGAGGGUCUCGUACUUCUUCAAACCCAAUGGUGGCCACACCUAUAUACCAAUUACACAUCUGCCACCGUUGCUUGUGAUGGAAGUAAUGUCGUUGGUGGACUUCUUGGUGACGGGGAAGGCGGCUGCGGACUUGAGGCCGGUGAAAGGUGCGACCAUGCUGGCCUGAGCGCCGGUGCGGCUCACGGUGGCGACGGCGGAGGACGAAAUCAUGGACGCCAUUGCUCUCAAAAUUCGCCUUAGUACUCUAAAGCUGCUUGCUUUUUUUUUUCCUUCUUUAUCUGCCUCACACCCAAAACAGAGCUGCCCUUCUUAUAGUGGCUGUGACCCCAAUUCCCUUUUGAUACCAUCCGACGGUGGAUGAUUAGUGGACGAGACGAUCUAAACCGUCGGUUUGGAUUGGGUUUCAUGACAUUGUUAAUUAGCUCCAUUUCUGGCCACAGGAUGAGUGAAGAAGGAUUUGGUUUUUCUGUGUGUUCGUUUUGCGAAAU